AUAAAAGCGGGCAUAGCAUUGCUGCUGCUGCCGCCGUCACCGCCACCAUCACCACUGCUACCGCAGUGUUCCCGCUGGUGCAGAGCUUUGGUAGCCAGACUACAGACUCCCGCCAUCCUCCUGCAGCAGCUCGUCCACUCUUUCCGCACCGUCCGGCUCGCUAUGCGCUCCGCCGCGGUUCUGGCGCUUCUGCUGUGCGCCGGGCAAGUUUUUGCCCUUCCUGUGAACAGCCCCAUGACAAAAGGGGACACCAAGGUGAUGAAGUGUGUCCUGGAAGUCAUCUCCGACUCGCUGUCCAAACCCAGCCCCAUGCCUGUCAGCCCUGAGUGUCUGGAGACCCUCCAAGGAGACGAGAGGAUCCUCUCUAUCCUGCGACACCAGAAUCUGCUGAAGGAACUUCAAGACCUGGCUCUCCAAGGUGCCAGGGAGCGGGCCCAGCAGCCACCGAAGCAGCAGCAGCAGCAGCAGCAGCAGCAGCAGCAGCAGCAGCAGCAACACAGCAGCUUUGAGGAUGAGCUCUCAGAAGUGUUUGAGAACCAGAGCCCUGAAGCCAAGCACAGAGACACAGCAGCAGAAGCCCCCUCCAGGGACUCUAUGGAGAAGAGAAAGGAUUCUGACAAGGGACAACAGGAUGGCUUUGAGGCAACCACAGAGGGACCUAGGCCUCAGGCCUUUCCAGAGCCCAACCAGGAGUCCCCCAUGAUGGAAGACAGUGAGUCCCCUGGGGAGGACACAGUCACCAAUACCCAAUCACCAACCAGCCUCCCCAGCCAGGAGCAUGCGGACCCACAGGCCACGGGAGACACUGAGAGAGGCCUGAGUGCCCAACAGCAAGCCAGAAAAGCCAAGCAAGAGGAGAAAGAAGAGGAGGAGGAAGAGGAGGCUGUGGCUAGAGAGAAGGCUGGGCCUGAAGAAGUCCCCACUGCAGCAUCCAGUUCCCACUUUCACGCAGGCUACAAAGAGAUGCAGAAAGAUGAUGGUCAGUCGGAGUCUCAGGCAGUGGAUGGAGAUGGAAAGACAGAGGCUUCCGAAGCUCUGCCAUCUGAAGGGAAGGGGGAGCUGGAGCACUCUCAGCAGGAGGAAGAUGGGGAAGAGGCCAUGGCAGGGACCCCCCAAGGUCUCUUCCCCCAAGGUGGGAAGGGCCGGGAACUGGAACAUAAGCAGGAGGAAGAGGAAGAGGAGGAGGAGCGUCUGUCCAGAGAAUGGGAGGACAAGCGAUGGAGCAGGAUGGACCAGCUGGCCAAAGAGCUGACAGCAGAGAAGCGUCUGGAGGGGGAGGAUGACCCUGACCGCUCCAUGAAGCUCUCCUUCCGGACCCGUGCCUAUGGCUUCAGAGAUCCUGGGCCUCAGCUACGCAGGGGCUGGAGGCCAUCUUCCAGAGAAGACAGUGUGGAGGCCCGAGGUGACUUCGAGGAAAAGAAGGAAGAGGAGGGCAGCGCUAACCGCAGAGCAGAGGACCAGGAGCUAGAGAGCCUGUCAGCCAUCGAGGCGGAGCUGGAGAAGGUGGCCCACCAGCUUCAGGCUUUGCGGCGGGGAUGAGGCCCUGGCUGGUGGGGCCAGCCAUGGCUUCAAGGCCAGACUGCUGCUCGAGUAGGGCCGCUUCCAGCCACAGAGCCCAGGUUACCCCCUUUGCCCCUCACCUUCUCUUGUUCUCAAGCCCCUUCCCUGGACACUUCUGCAGGGCAGCCCUGAAUGUCAGCACAGAUCCCUUCUCUGAACACAGGCAGCUUUCUAGAAGUUUCUCUUCCACCUUCUUAUCCACGGGGCACAACUGCAAUAACUUCUGACCUUUGGGCAAAAGCCGAGAACUCCUGACUAUUAAGAUAUUCCAGAUAAAAUUUAUUGAAGGAAGAAUAAAGUGUUUGGGCUCUUU